AAUGGCCUCUCUUCUAAGAAAGCAACCAUUGAUAGCUUGCUUUCUCCUCCUCUUCCUCUCCCUCCUCUCUCCAUCCCUCUCCCUCACCGACACCGAAACCGCCUACAUCGGCCGUCGCCAACUCCUCCAUCUCAAAGAACACGACGAGCUCCCCGCCGAUUUCAAGCUCGAGAUCGACAUUCCCGAUACCUUCCCCAAUGAGAGGUUGAAGAAGGCCUACGUUGCCCUCCAGGCUUGGAAGGUCGCUAUUUAUUCCGACCCCGAAAACAUCACCGCCACCUGGCAGGGUGCCGACGUUUGCUCUUACACCGGCGUCUUUUGCGCCCCGGCGCUCGAUGAUGCCAACAUCAAUGUCGUCGCUGGGAUCGACUUGAAUCACUACGACAUUGCUGGGUAUCUCCCCCCGGAGCUAGGCCUGCUCACUGAUUUGGCUCUCUUCCAUAUCAACUCCAAUCGCUUUUGCGGGAUCAUCCCCACCAGCUUCAUCAAGCUUAUUCUCAUGUUUGAGUUUGAUAUCAGUAACAAUCGCUUCGUUGGAGAGUUCCCGGAGGUAGUCCUUGAGUGGCCCGAGGCGAAGUACCUCGAUCUCAGGUUCAAUGACUUUGAAGGGGAGCUUCCACCGAAGCUGUUCACUCUGGAAUUCGACGCCAUUUUCUUGAACAACAAUCGGUUCACGUCGACCAUCCCAGACACAAUCGGAAAUUCAACUGUCUCUGUUGUAUCGUUCGCGUACAAUGAGUUCCACGGAUGUAUUCCAAGCACCGUCGGGAACAUGCCGAACGUCAAUGAGAUGUUGUUCAUCGGCAACAAUAUGAGCGGCUGCUUCCCGUUGGAGUUGGGGAACAUAGCAAAUCUCACUGUGUUGGAUGUUAGCAACAAUGGGUUUGUCGGAAAAUUGCCUGAAAGUUUGUCUGAGACGACGAAAUUGGAGAUCUUGGAUGUAAGCAACAACGAGUUGACAGGGUCUGUUCCGGUAGGAAUUUGUAAGCUACCGAAAUUGGACAAUUUUACUUUCUCGUACAACUAUUUUGACUCGGCGGAUCCGACGUGCAUGGAGGAUAAGAAUGUGAACAAGAUUUUUGAUUAUGAUCAGAAUUGUUUACCGAAUCAGCCCGACCAGAGGGAUGCCGAGAAGUGUGCGUCUGUGGUGAAGAAGACAGUGGAUUGUGGAAGUUGUGGGUCUGGUUCUCCACCCACUCAAGAUGAUUCUUUUGAUCAGUCUCCAUCACCAAGGACGAGGGCACCACCACCGGAGCAAACGAUCGAGGCUGGGGCGCCGCCACCGGAGCAAACGAUCGAGGCUGGGGCGCCGCCGCCGGAGCAAACGAUCGAGGCU